GAACUGUCUUUUUAGUUGUGUUCGAUUAAAAAAUGGAAGUUAAAAUAUAGUAAGAAUAAUUAUUUCUAUGGUAUAUAUAUAUAUAUAUAUAUAUAUAUAUACAAGGUUGAUCGGAUCAAAAUAACAUUGAAUAACAAUUAUAUUUAAAAAUGAAGGAGAGAGAAAGUGAAGCCAAGAGGAUAAAACAGGUAAGCAGCCGACAUCCAUUUUAGUCAUCUCAUGAAGCAGCAGUAGCUAGCUUGGCUAGCUCCCAUUCUCUCUUUAAACCCAUAAAAACACAGAGAAAAAACUUCAAUCAAAAUCCAAAAACGACAUCAUAAGGUCACAAAACGACAAUGGAUCCUUGCCCAUUCGCCCGCCUAAUAGUGGAGUCUCUGGCUCUCAAACUCCCUCACCAAGCCACCAAACCGGCCGGUCUAGGCGUCCACCCUUCAGCCACUCCAUGCUUCUGCAAACUCAGCAUUAAGAAUUUCCCCUCACAGACGGCUCUCCUCCCUCUCUGCUCAUCCUCCGGCGAUUCUCCUCCGCCCGAUUCCGCCACCUCCUCCGCCGGAUUCCACCUCGAUUCCAUCGCUCUCCGCCGUAUCAAGGCUGCUGGAAAGCCCGUUACCCUUCGCAUCUCGGUCUACACGGGGCGCAUGGGCCGCACGUGUGGAGUGACCAACGGGAAGCUUCUUGGUCGGGUUAAUGUGAGUGUGGACCUGAGUGGGGCCGAGUUCCGACCUGGGGUUUUCCAGAGUGGGUGGCUGAAGCUCGGGAGUGAGAAGGACGAGAAUAAGUCAUCCUCCUCCGCCAGACUUCAUGCGGUGGUCCGGUCUGAACCGGACCCCCGUUACGUGUUUCAGUUCGGAGGCGAACCGGAAUGUAGCCCUGUCGUUUUUCAGAUUCAGGGGAAUAUACGACAGCCCGUUUUUAGUUGCAAGUUCAGCGCUGACCGGAAUGCAAGAUCCCGAUCACUACCCUCAGAUUUCACCAUAAACAACAACACCAGAAACAGAGGAUGGAUGAGAACAUUUUCCGGCGAAAGAGAGAGGCCCGGAAGAGAAAGAAAAGGUUGGAUGGUGACAAUUCACGAUCUAUCCGGAUCACCGGUUGCGGCGGCUUCAAUGAUCACUCCCUUCGUUCCUUCCCCCGGCUCGGACCGAGUUUGGCGGUCCAACCCGGGGGCAUGGCUCAUUCUCAGACCGCACGGGGUCUCCGUCAGCAGCUGGAAGCCUUGGGGCCGCCUCGAGGCGUGGCGGGAGAGAGGCCCCGUAGAUGGUCUGGGCUACAAAUUCGAGCUUUUAGCUGAAAAUGCUAACGGCCCCACCACCGGAAUUCCUAUCGCCGAAGCCACGAUGAACGUGAAAAAGGGUGGGGAAUUCUGCAUCGACAGUAGGCUGAGUGUGGCGGCGUUGACUUCGAGGUCGCCAGUCAAAGGCUUUGUGAUGGGUUCAACUGUGGAAGGAGAGGGAAAAGUGAGCAAACCCGUCGUACAAGUGGGAGCUCAGCACGUGACUUGCAUGGCGGACGCUGCUCUGUUCAUUGCUCUCUCAGCCGCCAUUGAUCUCAGCAUGGACGCUUGCCGUUUAUUCUCGCAUAAGCUGAGGAAAGAGUUUUCCCAUGAUGAACAAGAUAUCUUCUCUUGAUAUAUUCACAAGGUCUCUUCAUGGUGGCUGUGAUAAUCAAGUUUUUUUUUCUUUGCUCGAGAAAAUUGUUUGGUUUGAGCUUCAAAAUAUAUAUAAAAUACAUAUAGUUUUUAUUUUUUUUCCUUCUUUUCAAUUAAUUAGAGUAUUAUUCUUUAAAUUCUUUUGAUCGACCAUUUUUUUUUCUCACAAAUUUUUCCCUUUUUUUCUUUUGUUCCCUGUAUUUUUCGGGGUGUCUAUCAAGUUCGACAGUUCAAGUUCUGGUGGCGUUUGUUCUGGUUUAUUUUUUUGGGGUCUUGGCAUUGAAGACUGAACAUCCAUACGUGCACGGUUUCGGUAUUCGAGAGUGUGAGUGGGUUUCCUCGUCUUGUUAAUUCUGAAAUGAUUAGAUUAGAAUUUUAUUAUACACUUUAUACUUUUAUUGGGGAUUUCUCUUAUAAUUCUAAGUUGAUCUGUACAUAUAUGCAAUGUACAUUUCAAAACGUUUCACAAAUUCCAAGUGUAAAUUCGUAACAAUUACUAUUAUUGUUACCAUUCUUUUGUCA